UAUGGGAGGUGGUGAAUGUUUUAGGCUGGCCUUAUUUUUUCUCUUGGCUAGUUACAAUGUUCUAGCCAUAGAAAAUAAAGGGUUGUGCUCAUCAGCUUUUGAUUAUAAAGAUGCACUUGAAAAAGCAAUUCUGUUUUUUGAAGGGCAACGCUCAGGGAAGUUGCCGGCAAGCCAGAGAGUGGAGUGGAGGGGAAACUCUGCACUCUCUGAUGGCGAGCCUGAUAAUGUUAAUUUGAGAGGAGGCUAUUAUGAUGCUGGAGAUAAUGUCAAAUUCGGAUGGCCCAUGGCAUUUACUGUCAGCUUGUUGAGUUGGACAGCCGUUGAGUACUCAAAAGAGAUCUCCUCAAUCAAGCAGCUUGACGACCUACGUAGAGCAAUUCGAUGGGGCACAAACUUCAUACUGCGAGCUCAUACUUCGCCCACCACGCUGUAUACUCAGGUGGGAGAUGGAAAUGCGGAUCACCAGUGUUGGGAGAGGCCAGAAGACAUGGACACUGCUAGAACACUUUACAAGAUAACUUCUGAUUCACCAGGCUCUGAGGCAGCAGCUGAGGCUGCUGCUGCUCUUUCUGCUGCUUCAAUUGUUUUCAAAACCGUUGAUUCCAACUACUCUUCCAGUCUUUUAAGUCAUUCAAAAUCGCUGUUUGACUUUGCGGACAAAUAUAGGGGAUCUUACAAGGAUUCUUGCCCUUUCUACUGCUCUUACUCAGGAUAUCAGGAUGAAUUAUUAUGGGCUGCGGCGUGGCUAUACAAGGCAACUGGUGAUGAGACGUACUUGACCUAUGUCUUGAGCAACCAAGGAUGGAGUCAAGCAGUUUCUGAGUUUAGUUGGGACAAUAAAUUUGCUGGAGCUCAGAUGUUACUAGCUAAGGAAUUUUACAGUGGAAUGAAUGAUUUGUCUAAGUUUAAGACGGACAUGGAAUCAUUUGUAUGUGCAUUGAUGCCAGGAAGUAGCUCUCUGCAGAUUAAAACAACUCCAGGUGGGCUUUUGUAUAUUAGAGAUAGCAGUAAUUUACAAUAUGUUACAAGCUCUUCCAUGCUGCUAUUUUUCUACUCCAAAACCUUGAAUGCAACUCCUAUUGGAGGAAUCCAAUGUGGUUCUGUGCAUUUAUCUGCCUCUGAAAUCGGUGCCUUCGCAAAAUCACAGGUAGACUACAUUCUUGGAAACAACCCCAUGAAGAUGUCAUAUAUGGCAGGCUUCGGCAGCAAAUUCCCAUUGCAGGUUCACCACAGAGGUGCAUCCAUUCCCUCGAUCCGAGUUCUCCCAGGAAAAGUAAAUUGUAACGACGGCUACUCACGCUAUUACAAUUCUGGAAAACCAAAUCCAAAUAUUCAUGUAGGUGCAAUUGUUGGUGGCCCAGAUUCAAAUGAUCACUUUAAUGAUGCGAGAUCAGACUACUCCCACGCUGAACCUACCACUUACAUGAAUGCUGCUUUUGUUGGUUCUGUGGCCGCUUUGCUUACUCAAACUCAAACUCAAACCGAACAAGAAUGUUUGCAAUUCUUGCGGGUUAACACUCCCGUCAGUCCCGUGCAUACGGUUUAACCACAUAUUUAUAGUUAGUACUAACAAAAAUCGAGAUCAUAGAAUCUCUAGUGUUGUAAUAUGUAAAGUUAUGGGAAGUCCUAAUGUUGAAGAAAUAAAGAUACAUAUAUAUGUAAAAUAAAUUAAAUAAUUAUAAGACAAAUAUGCAGGGAUGUUGUAUAAGUUUAUAGGGAAUAAUUUAUAUAA